AUGGCAAAUUCGACGGGUAAAAACCACGCAGACCAGCGGAGAAAGGGACUCGCUUUCCUGGACGAGCUGCGGCAGUUUCACCACAGCAGAGGGUCUCCUUUUAAGAAGAUCCCCGUAGUGGGUGGGAAAGAGCUGGAUCUUCACGCUCUCUACACCAGAGUCACCACUUUAGGCGGAUUUGGGAAGGUAUCAGAGAAGAAUCAGUGGGGAGAAAUUGUAGAGGAGUUUAACUUUCCCAGAAGUUGUUCUAACGCUGCCUUCGCUUUAAAACAGUAUUACUUGCGUUAUCUAGAAAAGUAUGAAAAAGUCCAUCAUUUUGGGGAGGAGGAUGAUGAGGUACAACCAGGCAAUCCAAAGCCACAACUUCCUAUUGGUGCAAUUCCAACUUCCUAUAACUACCAGCAACACAGUGUGUCAGAUUACCUUCGUCAAAGCUAUGGGCUGUCUAUGGACUUUAACUCACCAAAUGACUAUAAUAAACUGGUGCUUUCACUGUUAUCUGGACUCCCAAAUGAAGUGGACUUUGCAAUUAAUGUAUGCACUCUUCUUUCAAAUGAAAGCAAGCAUGUUAUGCAACUUGAAAAGGACCCUAAAAUCAUCACUUUACUGCUUGCAAAUGCUGGGGUGUUUGAUGACACUUUAGGAUCAUUUUCGGCUGUAUUUGGAGAAGAAUGGAAGGAGAAAACUGAUAGAGAUUUUGUUAAGUUUUGGAAGGAUAUUGUUGAGGAUAUUGAAGUUCGUGAUCUAAUUUCUGACAGAAGCAAAUCUCAAGAUAUUUCAUCAGAAGACUGGAUUUGGGAAUCCUUAUUUCAUCCACCUCGCAAAUUGGGCAUUAAUGAUAUUGAAGGGCAGCGUGUGCUUCAGAUCGCAGUGAUUUUACGUAAUCUUUCUUUUGAAGAGGGAAAUGUUAAACUUCUGGCAGCUAAUCGUACUUGUCUUCGGUUCCUGCUCCUCUCUGCUCACAGUCAUUUUAUUUCUCUACGGCAGCUGGGGCUUGACACGCUGGGAAAUAUUGCAGCAGAGCUUCUUUUGGAUCCUGUUGAUUUCAAAACUACUCAUCUAAUGUUUCACACUGUUACAAAAUGCCUCAUGUCAAGGGAUAGAUUUUUAAAAAUGAGAGGCAUGGAAAUCCUGGCAAAUCUUUGUAAGGCUGAAGAUAAUGGUGUCUUGAUUUGUGAAUAUGUGGAUCAAGAAUCCUAUAAAGAGAUCAUAUGUCAUCUCACUCUGCCAGAUGUGCUGCUUGUAAUCUCAGCACUUGAGGUGCUGUACAUGCUCACAGAAAUGGGAGAAGUGGCCUGCUCAAAGAUUGCUAAAGUCGAGAAGAGCAUAGAUACAUUAGUAUGUCUGGUUUCUAUGGACAUCCAGAUGUUUGGACCUGAUGCACUUACUGCUGUAAAACUCAUUGAGCAUCAGUGCAUUAGCCAGCAAGGAGUACCUGAUGUCAGACCACAAGUAAUGGAUCAUGGUUCUUCACAGACCCAUGCAACAGGUGUCCCAGCCUCUAGGACAGCACCACAUGUUGCUCCACCACCAGGAAUAGUAGAAAUAGACAGCGAGAAAUUUGCAUGUCAGUGGUUGAAUGCACACUUUGAGGUGAAUCUUGAUUGCUCAGUCUCUCGAGCAGAAAUGUACUCUGAAUACCUCUCUACCUGUAGUAAAUUAGCUCGAGGUGGAAUCCUGACAUCAACUGGAUUUUAUAAAUGUCUGCGAACUGUCUUUCCAAAUCAUACAGUGAAGAGAGUAGAGGAUCCAAGUAACAAUGGUCAAGCACAUAUACAUGUGGUAGGAGUGAAAAGAAGAGCUAUACCACUUCCCAUUCAGAUGUACUAUCAGCAGCAACCAACUUCGUCUACCCCAGUUGUCCGGGUUGAUUCAAUUCCUGAUGUGUCUUCGUCUCCUUCGCAAGCAGGAAUCCCACAUGGGCUACCAGGCGUAGGAAAUCACUAUCAGAGGACCCCUCUUAACCAGUCUUCAACUUUGACAGCAACACAGAUGUCUUUUCCAAUUCAAGGUGUUCAUACUGUGGCACAGACUGUUUCUAGAAUCCCACAAAAUCUUUCUCUUCAUACACAGCAGCAAAAUGCUCCAGUGACUGUUAUACAGAAUAAAGGUCCAAUAUCCUGUGAAGUAGUGAAGGCCGCAGUAAUACAGGGCUCUGUUCCCCAGUCUGCAGUUCCUGUUACUAUUGCUGUAGGAGGAGCACCACAAGCUUCAAAUCAAAAUCACAGCACUACAGGACAACAGCCGUCUGUCACUGUUGUUAGUUCUCAGACGUUGCUUCACCACCAACCUGUAAUUCAACAACAGUCUCCACUGCAUGCAGUGGUACCAGGACAGAUACCUUCAGGCACUCCUGUUACGGUAAUUCAGCAAGCUGUACCUCAGGGUCAUAUAUUUGGCAGAGUACAAAACAUACCAGCAUGCAGUUCAGCAGUUUCACAGGGUCAGCAGCUAAUCAGCACAUCAUCACAACCUGGGCAGACACCAUCUCAGCAGUCCUCUGCUGGUAACCAGCAACAAGAUACAGUCAUUAUAGCACCACAGCAGUAUGUUACCACCUCUGCAUCUAACAUUGUUUCUGCCACCACAGUUCAAAAUUUCCAAGUAGCAGCUGGGCAAGUGGUUACAAUUGCAGGUGUCCAAAACCCACCAACAUCUAGGGUAGGGUUUCAGAAUAUUGCACCAAAGCCUCUGCCAUCUCAACAAGUUCCACCUGCCAUGGUACAGCAGCCGAUGCAGUCACAGCAGCAGCCUCCACCACCAUCCCAGCAAAGUGUAGUGAUUGUAAGCCAGCCCGCUCAGCAAGGUCAAACGUAUGCACCAGCCAUUCAUCAGAUAGUGCUUGCCAAUCCAGCUUCUAUUCCUGCUGGUCAAACUGUCCAGUUGACUGGACAGUCAAGCAUUACUCCAUCUUCUUCACCAUCCCCAGGUCCAGUUACAAAUAAUCAAGUCCCUACAGUUAUGUCAUCUUCAUCUACCACACCUCAGUCACAAGGACCCCCUCCUACUGUCAGCCAGAUGCUUUCUGUAAAAAGGCAGCAGCAGCAGCAACAUUCACCAGCAUCAUCGCAGCAGCAGGUACAGGUACAACAGCCGAUUCAAAUGCAAGUUCAGUCACAGCAACCUAAUUCAGGAGUUGGCCAGCCUAACUCCGGUGAGUCUAGUCUGAUUAAACAACUGCUUCUUCCAAAAAGAGGCCCCUCAACUCCAGGGGGAAAGCUUAUACUCCCAGCUCCACAGAUUCCUCCACCUAACAAUGCAAGAGCUCCUAGCCCUCAGGUGGUUUAUCAGAUGGCCAAUAACCAGGCACCAGGUUUUGGAGUUCAAGGACAGUCUCCAGCUCAGCAGCUGCUAGUUGGACAGCAAAAUGUUCAGCUGGUCCCGGGUGCAAUGCCACCCCAAGGGGCAGUACAAACAGUACCCAUUUCUAAUUUACAGAUAUUGCCAGGCCAAUUGAUCUCAAACAGCCCAGCAACUAUUUUCCAAGGGACUACUGGCAACCAGGUUACAAUAACAGUUGUGCCAAAUACAAGUUUUGCUACUGCAACUGUGAGUCAGGGAAAUGCAACUCACAUCAUUGCUCCAGCAGGAAUUGCAGUGAGUGGAGCACAGACAGGAGUUGGGCUACAGGUGCAAACACUUCCAGCUACUCAAGCACCUUCAGCUGGACAAUCACCGUGUACUGCUGCUCCCCCAUUCAAAGGUGAUAAAAUAAUUUGCCAAAAGGAGGAAGAAGCAAAGGAAGCAACAGGUUUACACAUUCAUGAACGUAAAAUUGAAGUUAUGGAGAAUCCUUCCUGCCGAAGAGGAGCUGCAAACACCAGCAAUGGGGAUGCAAAAGAAAAUGAAAUGCAGGUGGGAAGUCUUUUAAAUGGGAGAAAGUAUAGUGACUCCAGUCUACCUCCUUCUAACUCAGGGAAAACUCAGAAUGAGGCCAAUCAGUGCUCACAAGUCAGUAAUGGGCCAUCAUUAGAAAUGGGUGAGAACGGAGCUCCUGGAAAGCAGAACUUUGAACAAAUGGACACACAGGAAAUUAAAAGUGAUUUGAAGAAGCCCCUAGUUAAUGGAAUCUGUGAUUUUGAUAAAGGAGAUGGUUCUCAUUUGAGCAAAAACAUUCCAAAUCACAAAACUUCCAAUCAUGUAGGAAAUGGUGAGAUAUCUUCAGUGGAACAACAAGGGAAUUUGGAUGCCACACAGCAAGAUACUGCCAAAGGUGAUCAAGGGGAAAGAAUUUCUAAUGGGCCUGUAUUAACUUUGAGUAGUUCACCUGUUGUAAGCGGUACACAGGAGGCUGCAAAACUGUUAACCCAGCAACUUAGUGGUACCAACACUGAUUUACCUAAUGGACCUCUAGCUUCAAGUUUGAAUUCAGAUGUGCCUCAGCAACGCCCAAGUGUAGUUGUCUCACCACAAUCUACAGCCUCUGUUAUACAGGGGCAUCAAAUCAUAGCAGUUCCACACUCAGGACCUAGAGUGUCCCAGUCUACCCUGUCAUCCGAAGUUCGGUCUACUAAUGGCACAGCAGAAUGCAAAACUGUAAAGAGGCCAGCAGAGGAUAAUGACAGGGAAACUGUUCCAGGAAUUCCAAAUAAAGUAGGAGUUAGAAUUGUUACAAUCAGUGACCCAAACAAUGCUGGUUGCAGUGCAACUAUGGUUGCUGUGCCAGCUGGAGCGGAUCCAAGCACUGUAGCGAAAGUAGCAAUAGAAAGUGCUGUUCAACAAAAGCAGCAGCAUCCAACCACGUAUAUACAAAGCAUGGUCACACAGAGCACACCUGCAACGUCGAUACCAACAGUGCAAGUACAGGGCCAGCAGAUCAAUUUGCAGCCACCUUCAUACACUGCAGCAAGUCAACAUGCAGAGCAAAUGAAAAAACCUGGACAGAACUUCAUGUGUCUGUGGCAAUCUUGUAAAAAGUGGUUUCAAACACCAUCACAAGUUUUCUAUCACGCAGCAACUGAACACGGAGGAAAAGAUGUCUACCCAGGGCAGUGCUUAUGGGAGGGAUGUGAACCUUUCCAACGGCAGAGGUUUUCCUUCAUUACCCACUUACAGGAUAAGCACUGUUCCAGAGACGCUUUGCUUGCAGGAUUAAAGCAAGAUGAACAUGGACAAGCAGGAAAUCAGAAGCCUUCCAAUAAGCAGCCAACUGCAGGGGGUAGUGCCUCUACUCCCAGAGCACAGAAGGCCAUUGUGAAUCAUCCGAGUGCUGCCCUAAUGGCAUUAAGGAGGGGAUCAAGAAACCUUGUCUUCAGAGAUUUCACAGAUGAGAAAGAGGGACCAAUAACUAAACACAUCCGAUUAACAGCUGCCUUAAUAUUAAAAAAUAUUGGUAAAUAUUCAGAUUGUGGUCGCAGAUUGCUAAAAAGACAUGAAAAUCAUCUAUCAGUGCUAGCCAUUAGUAAUAUGGAAGCUUCCUCCACACUUGCCAAAUGCCUUUAUGAACUUAAUUUUACUGUCCAGAGUAAAGAACAUGAAAAAGACUCUGAGAUGCUGCAGUGAGAAAAGUCCCUCUUGUACAUCGGGACAGAGAUAGUCAAACACAUUUCAAAUACUGUUACUGAAGAAAGCACCAAGUCUUAAUGGAACAGAGACCAUAGAUUGAAUUAUUUUAUCUCCUCCCAUGAUGCUGAGAGGAAGCUUUGUAUUCUGAUCACUCAACGAAUCCCUUUGUUCUGUUUAGAAAAAGAAGGAAAAAAAAAACAAAAACAAAAACAAACUGCCAUGGGAUUUUCAACCAGCUGUCUGCAGGAUGUCUCUCAAAUCUGAUAAAUCCUGAAGGAAACUGGUGUGAUCAGAAUUCAGUACCAUCCACAUUGGAAUAAACAUGGAAUAUUGUAAAACCUACAUGAGCAGAUUAAAUAGAAGCAUUAAAUAUUUUUAUCUAUAUCCAAAAAGGAGCACAUUUUUAUAUUUACGAAACCGUUUAAGCUGGUUUGAAUAAAAAAAGAAAAGUUUCAGCACACCUGUAACCCCCUGGUCUCGGAGGGUGCCACCAGUAUCUAGCUAUGGAUUGCGUGUUUUGUUUAGAAAUCAGUAGCUUGGUUUUCUUACUUGAGCCAAUAUAUUUUCACUUAUUUAUUAUCAUAAAAAAUUUACCAGUCUGAAUAGAUCUUGUAAAUAUUUGUGA